AUUCCGCACUCGCCGCGGCCGCCACCCCCGCCCUCCCCCCCGCCCGCCCCCGCCCGGUCCCCGCCACCGCCGCCGCCGCCGCCUGCCCAGCGGCCCGGGAGGCGGAGGCGCGGGGGAGGAGGCCCCGCUUGGAUCCGCAGCCCCGGAUGCUGCAUGACUUCAUCCUUCCGCCGGCUCUCCUGCUGAGCUAGGGCAGGUCCGGCAGCUAGCCCGCGGUCCGCGCCCCGCCGCAGUCCCGCGCCCACCCCGCGCCCGCCAUGUCCGAGAUCCUUCCCUACAGUGAAGACAAGAUGGGCCGCUUCGGCGCCGACCCCGAGGGCUCCGACCUCUCCUUCAGCUGCCGCCUCCAGGACACCAACUCCUUCUUUGCGGGCAACCAAGCCAAGCGACCCCCCAAGCUGGGCCAGAUCGGCCGAGCCAAGAGAGUGGUGAUCGAGGAUGACCGGAUAGACGACGUGCUGAAGGGGAUGGGGGAGAAGCCGCCGUCCGGAGUGUAGACGUGCCGGCUCGGGCGGCAGGCUCCGGGCCCAGACCCACAGCGGCCAGGAGCGCGGGCCGGCGAUGCGGCUGCCGGCGCCUCCCGCCCCGGCCCAGGCGCCCGCGGGCGGGGGCCGCAGGGCCGCGCCACCUGCGAGUUAGAGUCGCUGCUGCCGCCGCCAGGCACUCCGGAGCUGUCCGCUUCAGCACCACGGCGGCGGCGGUAGCGGCGGCGCGGACCCGCCCGGAGCCCGCCGUCGCGCUCAUGCACUUUAGAACCUUGGGCCGCAGCCCCAUCCCCCACACCGGAACGGACAGAGACCCGCGGCCCUCAGCCCCCGGUCCGCCCCCUCCCGCACGGCUUCCCUACCCCGCCCCUCUGGCCGGUCUGGUCUGCAGACCCGGCUGCCCACCCGUGUCGGACUGCGUGCGUGGCCAGGGAUGUUUGGCUGCGUAUUUGCAUGAGCUUCCCACCCACCUGAGCCCAGCCCUCCGGGCCUCUCCUCACCCCCACCCCUGUCUGGCGUGACCCCAGCCUCAGCCUCUUUCUAAGGGACUUCCUCAGCACAUUUGUAUUUUUAUAUCCGACUCUUUGUUUACUGCCUCCCCUCAUAGUUCAUACCCUGCACCCUCAGUCUCCUCGCUCUUCUGCGCCUGGCAGAUAGGACGGGUGUUGAGGCUGGGAAUGGACAAGCCCCCAACAUGAUAAACAACACAUGGCCAGUCUGCCCAGGCCUGACCCCAGGCGGUUCUCUGGCAGACCCCUCCCCUCAAGGUAUCACCUUCCACCGGCCCAGGUCUGACUUUACCUUCAACCCCUGCGCCCUGCCCCUGGGAACCCAAAUAGGGACUGCUCUGCACCUUUGGAUGACACCUGUGGCCCUAGAGAUGUUCUCAACCCAGGGAUGUCCUUUGUAAAUGUUUCUCCAUCCUCACUGUACCAGGUGUGUGAAUAAACACAGACCUCCCUGUG